AAAGCCCAGUGGCACGGUUCGCACCUCCUUUAACGGACACGGAGACUCUUUAACUUCAAAGCUUUCAAAUCCACCGUCUUCUUUCUCUCUCUCUCUCUCUCUCUCUCUCUCUGUGGCUUUGAACUGAGGAAAUGGCGUCGCACUUCCGUGUAUACCCACGAGCCACCCCACGCGCCUCCUCCGAAUACUCCCUUAUAUCCACCACCAUUGUACUCCCGAACUACUCGAAACCAACCGGGAAGAGCAGAGCCGGAGCGAGACAGAGCUCCGGAAUUAGGGUUUCCAAUGGAGGGGACUCGUACCUCGACAUGUGGAAGAAGGCGGUGGAUCGAGAGAGGAAGGCUUCCGAGUUCCAGAGAAUCGCCGAGAACUCGUCACGAAUUGAUGGUGAUGCUGAUGAUGAUGAUGGAGAAGGUGAGAGUCGGGAGGUUUUUGAGAGGAAGAGCAAUGAGUUCCAGAAGAUUUUGGAAGUUCCUAAGGAAGAGAGGGACAGAAUUCAGCGAAUGCAGGUGAUCGAUCGGGCAGCUGCUGCUAUAUCGGCUGCCCGUGCGCUUCUCAAGGAGAGUUUGCCGCUGCCGCCGAAUGAGUUUUCCGGUGAUUCUGGGACUGUGAUUUCAAGUGCUGAGAAUGGUGGAGACAUAGAGGCUCAGCAAAGAGGUGCACAGAAUGAGGGCUCGAUAAUUUUUCAGUCAAGUGGUGUUGCAAAGGGAACACCAGGUCCAGAUUUUUGGUCCUGGACACCUCCAGAAAGUGAGAGAAAUUUUGAUGAUGAGAGUAACCUGAAGCUAACCAGACAAACUUAUCCUUCCAAAACAGACCCUGUGAUGGAGAAAGAACAAUCUGUAGAUUUUCUGUCAAUCCCCCUUGAGAGUAAACUUUUCGAAAGCAACCACUACCCUCCUCUUCCACCUCUUCAGUCCCUAAUGGAGGUUGAGAAAGUGGAAGCUUAUACUUCCAGUCAAGAGAUGGCUCAUGUAGAAGAGAACCAUGAACUUGGUGUUCUAUUUUCGGCCCAUGCAGCAGAAGCAGCUUAUGCUCUUAAUGAAGGGGAUGAGGAGGUAUUAUCCCAAGGAGUGAAUCCUGAUGGAUCAAAAUGGUGGAAGGAGACAGGAGUUGAAGAAAGACCUGAUGGUGUGGUUUGCAGGUGGACGCUUACCCGGGGUGUCAGUGCUGACAAGUCCCUUGAGUGGGAGGAGAAGUAUUGGGAGGCGGCUAACCAAUUUGACUACAAGGAGCUUGGUUCAGAGAAAUCAGGACGUGAUGCUACUGGAAAUGUUUGGCGUGAAUUUUGGAAAGAAUCAAUGUGGCAGGAUUGUGGAGUUGUGCAUCUUGAGAAAACUGCGGACAAGUGGGGGAAGAACGGGAAAGGUAAUGAGUGGCAGGAGAAAUGGUGGGAACAAUAUGAUGAAUCCGGCCAAGCAGAGAAAUGGGCCCAUAAGUGGUGCAGCAUUGACCCCAGCACACCCCUUGAAGCUGGUCAUGCUCAUGUUUGGCAUGAAAGGUGGGGUGAGAAGUAUGAUGGGAAGGGUAGCAGCAUGAAAUACAGUGACAAAUGGGCUGAGCGUUCUGAGGGUGAUGGCUGGACAAAAUGGGGUGACAAAUGGGACGAGCACUUUGAUUCAAACAGUCAUGGAGUCAAGCAAGGGGAGACAUGGUGGGAAGGUGAGUAUGGGGAGCGUUGGAAUCGGACUUGGGGUGAGGGUCACAACGGUUCUGGAUGGGUGCACAAGUAUGGGAAAAGCAGCUGCGGCGAACACUGGGAUACGCACGUCAAGGAAGACACGUGGUAUGAGAGAUACCCACACUUCGGUUUUCAACAUUGCCUCGACAACUCAGUCCAGCUCCGCGAAGUUCAAAACCCAUCUGAAUGGUCAUGAGAUAUGAAUCUUUUUUUCUAUGUUUACACUGUAAUAAAAAGCUAAUAAGACCAGUUUUUAUUUUUAUUUUAUAAACAAAAUCUGUAUUCUUAAAUAUAGUUGUAUCAUCAAGGUGAAACAGUAUUGCUGCAAUAAAAUUUGAUGUUGUUUCCUUAUA